AUGAACGCUUUUGAAGAAUUAUUUACACACUUCCCAAAUUUUCGGAUUAUCGUUUGUAGAGAUUGCAAGUUUGCGGUGGUCCCCGACCAGAUAAAAGCGCAUCUCAACCAAAACCACCAGACGCUCACGGCGAGUACGAGGAAGAACAUCGUCGAGCAGGUGGGUAGGCUCGAUCACGUUGCGUAUAGGACAGAAGACGUCAUCUAUCCCGUCGCCGUACAAGAUGCGGUCCGGGAGCUCGGCCCAGUCAUAGAGCAAUGCUUUGAGUGUAAAGAGUGCGGGUUACUCCGGGAGAGUAGAAAAGGCAUCGAGGCACACUGUAGGAAAGAACAUAAUUGGAGCAGCACAAAAUCCAGAGGAGGGCGAGGAAGCUUUAGGAGUCAGGCUGCCAGAAAUCAGCCGUUCACAGAGGGGCACUACUGUCAGAGGUUCUUCAAAUAUGCGCAGUGGACCAAACUCUUCAAAGUGUUGCAGGCGGUGCCGCAUGUACAGAGCAGCCAUCACGACUUCGAGGCUGACACGAGGGCGCAAAAACUGGCAGACGGAGCUACGGAUGAAUUGAAGAGCAAGUUGCAAGAGCUCCAUCGCCAAAGAGAAGUAGGUGUCAGCGACGUCAGGUCUGCGAUGGACCCGUGGCUGGACCACACGGGCUGGGCGUCACAUCUAAGCGGCUUUGAGAAAGAAAAGCUCAGAGCGAGCUUGAACGCAGCACCGCAGCGAGAAGCCGACGAAGAGGGCCGGCAGGUAGUCAACGAAGAGGAGAACGCCAUCGAGACAGCGUGUAGGGCGACCGGAAGCGCGAUCAAAAAAGCCAUGGAUAUCAGCAACCCGUACACGAUCCCCAGAGCGGCACUCCACUACGUGAAUAGGAAGGAGACUGGUGCGGAGAACAACGAGACGCCGUUCUACAACAAGCACAAAGCCAGCACAUUGAAGAAAUAUGCCCGGGUGUGGGGUUCGCUCUUGAGGUAUCUGUGGAGGAGUCAGACGUGGGAGAAGAAGCCGGCUUACCAGCUCACGACCGGGCAGAAGGCGAAGUUGGAGACGGUGCAGAGGCUGGCAAGGCAACCGAUAUCGAAUCUCCGCUCGUCGGAAAAGUCGGACGCUAGGGGAAAGCUCGAGUGGGCUGUCGUUCUUUUCUGGGCAAGCAUGCUCGAUCAAGAGCUACUCGACAACGAGUUCGAGAGUGGAUUUCUCAGCGCGGUGGCGGUUCUCGGGCUCGACACGGACGACGCAGGUUGGGUGAAAGUAUUCAAUUUCACCCCAAAACUGGCUGCCAUCGUGACGAUAACUAGAGCUCUGGUGAUAUGGAUGGCUUAUAAGCAGAGGCAAGACCACAUCCACCAACUGACGGAAGAGGAAGGUAUGGGCGAGGUGGAGGCCAAGAAACGGGCAGUCAGUGUUGUGGAAGGGGUGCACACCAUGGUACCGCGGCUCAUAUGUUUGCAGGAAUACGGCGGGGUUGCGAGCCCGAUGGAUCGAAUACUGCACAUGAAGACGUAUGGCAUGAGAAUCAGAUUCACGGAGAAGGCCGCCGCCAGAGUCACUUGGAUGAACAGAUGCCAGGAAGUCUGCAUAGACAGAGUCAGCUUCAGCAUGGGUGAUCUGAGGGAUGCGAUGCACGGGCUCCAAGAAAGGUGCCAGGACAGGCUUGUGAAGCAAGUGAUGUUUCUACAGCGCGAGGAAGAGCUGCCAAUCUUGCGUCUGGAGAGACUGUUCGACAACCCGAGCGAUCUCACCGAAGGUUGGAGUUUCUUAGAUGAUGAGAGGAACGAGGAAACUCUCGGGCAGAUUAGGAGAGCGGAUGGUAAAGACGUCGACAGCAGGAAGUGGCUAUGGAGCAGGCUGAUGCGAGAAGACCACUUGGUGAAGAGGUUCUUACUGAAUGACGACAUGGCCAAAGUCGAGGACUGGACCGGGCUACAGUGGAAUCUGACACAGGUCGAGAAUUACUUCAGCCAGAGGCACUGA